UGAAAAAAAUGCUUCCUGGUUAUGGCAUUUAAAUACUGAUCAGGUCCAGUGGUAUAAACACUUGAAGCCUCAACUGCAUCUCUGACCAACAACACAGCACAAUGUUCUUCCUGAAGCUCUCUCUACUCAUGCUGUUGGCUGUAGCUCCUGACUUGCUUGUUCAUGCGGAGACCAGUGUGACCUGUGAAGGAAAUAAUGCUGUUCUGACAUGUGGAGCUGGUGUUUUGAAUAUCCUCAGUGCUAACUAUGGCCGAACUGAUUCCACAACGUGCUCUGCUGGACGACCCAGCAGCCAAAUCACUAAAACCGACUGUUAUGCAAUCAACACAUUGUAUAAGGUUAAAAGCAGAUGUGAAGGCAAGAGCAGCUGUGUAGUACCUGCCGCAAACUCUAUCUUCUCUGACCCCUGUUAUGGCACUUACAAGUACCUGAGAAUUAAACAUUCCUGUGUGGUGCACAAGACCAGUGUGACCUGUGAAGGAAAUAAUGCUGUUCUGACAUGUGGAGCUGGUGUUUUGAAUAUCGUCAGUGCUAACUAUGGCCGAACUGAUUCCACAACGUGCUCUGCUGGACGACCCAGCAGCCAAAUCGCUAAAACCGACUGUUAUGCAACCAACACAUUGUCUGAGGUUACAAACAGAUGUGACGGCAAGAGCAGCUGUGUAGUAUCUGCCACAAACUCUAUCUUCUCUGAUCCCUGUUAUGGCACUUACAAGUACCUGAGCAUUAAAUAUUCCUGUGUGGUGCACAAGACCAGUGUGACCUGUGAAGGAGAUAAUGCUGUUUUGACAUGUGGAGCUGGUGUUUUGAAUAUCCUCAGUGCUAACUAUGGCCGAACUGAUUCCACAACGUGCUCUGCUGGACGAUACAGCGAGCAAAUCACUAAAACUGACUGUUAUGGAACCAACACAUUGUCUGAGGUUACAAACAGAUGUGAAGGCAAGAGCAGCUGUGUAGUACCUGCCACAAACUCUGUCUUCUCUGACCCCUGUUAUGGCACUUACAAGUACCUGAGAAUUAAACAUUCCUGUGUGGUGCACAAGACCAGUGUGACCUGUGAAGGAGAUAAUGCUGUUCUGACAUGUGGAGCUGGUGUUUUGAAUAUCCUCAGUGCUAACUAUGGCCGAACUGAUUCCACAACGUGCUCUGCUGGACGAUACAGCGAACAAAUCAAUAAAACCGACUGUUAUGGAACCAACACAUUGUCUGAGGUUACAAACAGAUGUGACGGCAAAAGCAGCUGUGUAGUACCUGCCACAAACUCUGUCUUCUCUGACCCCUGUUAUGGCACUUACAAGUACCUGAGCAUUAAAUAUUCCUGUGUGGUGCACAAAUAACUGAAGACAUUUCAGCUUCUUCCCUGGUGUCCUCUUCAAUUUGAAAAGGAUUCAGAUUAAGUUAAAAUAUGUAACCCUUCAGUAUCCCAUCCUGCAGAGGCAUUGAUAUACUACAUAUAUUAAAUGACUGUAAUGAUUGUACUUUAACACCUUACUUCAGGGCUGAUGAAUAUUUGAGGGAUCCGCCUGGCACUAGUGGUUACAAUCAACAUUUGGUAUGGACAAUGACAUACAUAAUUGUCACUGAAAAAGAUACAAAAAUACUCUACCAUCAGCUAAGACAAAUGAUAUGAUAGCAUAUUUGCCAGCAGGGAAAUACAUAUUACUUAAACAAUAUUUUUGUUAUAUAGCAUAAACACGUUAGCAAAACAAGUUAGCAAAAAAAAGGGGGUGGGUUUUUUUUCAUCUAUCCUUUUGUUCUCUGAGAUUUGCUUGCUCUGUAGCCUUUUCAAAGGCUGGUGAAGGUGCAUGUUAAUAAAUGCAUAAUCAGAGAGAA